GUCACACAUAGAGUGUAUGCAAAACAAGACAUCAAAACUAAUUAAUUGUGUUUUUAUUGAUAUUUAAUUGUUUUUUAAUUGAUUAUCCAUUUUCUCAUCGAUCGUCUCAUUUGAUCCACUCUUUGGCCCUUCCAUUGCCAAGUCUUCGGGAGCUAUAGUCAGCCAUCAAAGUAUUGUACACAUCAUUGAUAAGUGAGAGACACCGGAAGAAUAUGUCGACAAGUUUUACGGUUCGCGAGCGGCAGAAGAAUGCCAUGAAAGCCAUACUGAAUCUGAACGCAACGGUCAACGGGAGUACAGCGGCGACGGGCGCCGCAUCGGAACCGGUUUGGAAACUCUUCAUAUACGACCGGUGCGGACAAGACAUCGUUUCGCCACUCUUUUCGGUCAAAGAGUUACGCGAAUCGGGUAUUACUCUUCACAUGCAACUACACUGCGAUCGGGACCCGAUUCCAGACGUGCCGGCCGUCUAUUUCCUGCUGCCGACCGACGAGAAUGUGAUGCGAAUCUGUCAGGACUUCCGGAACCAACUCUACGACCACUACUAUCUGAACUUCAUUAGCCCGAUAUCGCGCCAGAAGUUGGAGGACUUGGCCUCCGCGGCGCUCGCGGCCAACGUUACCCACUGCGUGACCAAAGUGUUUGACCAGUACUUGAACUUCAUAUCACUGGAAGAGGACAUGUUUGUGUUGAAACAACAGGACAAAGACCUCGUCUCCUACUACGCCAUCAACAGGAGUGACGUGAAGGACACUGACAUGGAGUUAGUGAUCGACAACAUAGUGGACAGUCUGUUCUCGGUGUUUGUGACGCUGGGAGUGGUUCCCAUCAUACGAUCGCCCAAAGGAAACGCCGCCGAAAUGGUGGCCGAAAAGCUGGACAAAAAGAUACGCGAGAAUCUGCGCGACGCCCGCAACAGUCUGUUCAACGGCGGCGAUAUGUUUGGCGCCAACGUUGCGCUCACUUUCCAACGGCCACAGCGUUGUGUUGAUCGAGAAGCGGCGCGUCCGCGAUGUGCCCGGCCUUAA